GUGAAAAAGAGCUUACACACGAACCCACACAGGAAGUGGAGUAUUCUGAGUGUGUGUGUGUGGAGUAUUCUGUUCAGAGCAGACUGGCUUCUGAGACCUGGCCACAAUGGAAGCUGCGGUUCUUGUUCUACAGAUUCUUCUCCUCAUGGGUUUCGAACAUAUCCAAUCUCAGAAUUACUUCACAGAUACUGCUGAGGAGUGUAUUGAGGAGGACAGGGAGGAGGUGAUUGGGCGUGUGGGGGAGGCCCUGUGUGUCUGCGUGACCUCUGACCUCUGCAGUGGCUGCAUGGAUGACCCUGAUGACCCCACCUACAUCUGGACCCGUGAUGGAGUGACCCUCUCAGACACACACACACACACACACCGCGUCCAUGCGCAUGGAGCAGCACUGCUCUUCCUACCACUCUCACUCAACGACACAGGAGUCUACUACCUACACAGGCCUGGGAAAGGGGAUAGGGUGUGUGAGGAUGAGAAAAAGAUAAUUGUGAAGGAUGUCCCUGUUGGCCACCCAGAUCUGCUCUACGAAACCCCCUCCACACAGUCUCCCAACCCAAGCAUCGUUUGCCCUGAGAUGGCCUACGACCUGUGUGAUGGGGGCCGCGGGCAGAUCACCUGGUAUAAGGAUUCCCAGCUGCUCCCAGAUGAGUCUGGGGAAAGUGUGAGGGUUCUGAAUGCAGCGGAGUCAGACCAGGGGGUUUACACCUGUGUGUGUACCUGGCAGCAUGGCAACAACACCUUUAACACCUCCGCAUCUAGGAGACUGCAGCUGGAAAAGCCCUCUGCCCGUCUUCCACCUGCCAUCAGAUUUCCCCUCAACGGAUCCACAGUCACCUGCCAACUGGGGUCUCCUGUGCAGCUGGUGUGUUUGGCCUCAUGUGGGAUCUCUGUCACACACCACUGCAAUGUCAGCUGGGACACAAGUGGCACACACAGCCUCACCGGCUAUGCACAACACUUCUCCUGGGAGGACAAGGGCAGUGAGCGAGUGUAUCAGGCUGUGCUGAUCAUCAGUAGAGUGUCUCAUCAGGACCUUCAGACACACUUCAGAUGUGAGGCCGACAACCUGGUGGAAUGGAACUCUGUCAUCAUCACACUUAAAUUAGAGGAGUCCCUCCUGUCCGUGGUUCUGGUGUGUGUGUGUGUGCUGCUGUUCCUCCUCUUGGUUGCCAUGACAGUGAAGUGGUUUGCAAUCGAUCUGGCUCUUCUCUUCCGACGUGCUCGAAGGAUUGAAGACGGUAAGGUGUAUGAUGCUUAUGUGGUGUAUCCACGGGAGUGUGUGUGUGAGGACGCUCUCUCAGUGUUUCUCAGCCUCACCCUGCCUGCGGUUCUGGAAGAUCAGUGUGGAUACAAACUCUUCAUCCACGGCAGAGACGACCUACCUGGGGAAGACCAGGCAGAGCAGGUGGAACGGUGCAUGCGCCUCAGCCGGCGACUGCUGGUUGUCAUGACAGCAGUGGGGUCAUGUGGGGGUCAGGGGGUGGCCCCGCCCCUGGAGGAAUUUGAUUGGCAGAUGGGGGUUCACAGUGCUCUGGUACAGGAAACCAUCAGUGUGAUCGUGGUGCAGGUGGAGGAUGGGCACACACACACACAUCUCUCACACACACAGCCCCCCCCUGGCCUGCAGCUGCUGCUGAGGAAGAGCGCCCCCAUCAGGUGGGAGUUGGGAGCGCGAGGAGCAAACUCCCCCACCUCACGCAUCUGGAAGAGAGUCCGCUACAUGAUGCCACCCCCACCACCAUCACCCCCCCACACCGGGGGCCAGAGACUAAACACCAUCCAACUCAUCUAG